AUGCAUUUGUGUGAGUUGAUGCUUGACUUUGGUCCGGUCUUUACAUUUUGGAUGUAUAACCUUAAGAUAUACAAGUAUAAGUUAAAAAAAAACAUUAAGACAAACUACCGUAAUGGUCUAGAGUGUAUUGAUAAUGAUUAUCCUCCUGCAUUGCCAUUCGACCUCCAGAUGUUCCAGCAAGUCGUCAACAGCCUAUGGUACAAUGUAAUCGGAACUAAGACGUCGCCACCAACUACCAUGCCAUUGAAGUUACAAAAUUUGAAUGCGAUGAAUAUUUCACUUGGUGAGAAUGUGCUGGUAAACAUUUGCAUUCAGAAGAUGAAGAAUAUUUCGUUGCUUGGCCAGGAGUUCUUUAGUGAACAGAAGAAAUAUCGCAGCUCAAUUGUGCGGGUUAUGUUUUUUUGUAUGAAAGACAAAAUACCUGUAUAUUUAAUACCCAAUGCCCACCAUUUUCUUAGCUUUUAUCAAAAUAAACUUACAGAGAGCGAUAUUACAAUUUCCAACGAAAAAAACCGUGGAUAA